GAAGCGACCCUGCGCAGAAUCGGAAGACUUCCUCGUCGCCAUAGCAACUCCGACCUCCGAUGACGUCGUUCUCUCGCCGCGUCGCGGCACUCGGCUUUCGCGACAGAUAUAUUCUUUGAACAGAAUCUAGCUGGAAGUUGAACAUGGCCUUUCAUUCUCUAUGGAAGGCAGUCGCUAUGAUGGAGAAACACAGGACUGCUUUUUUGUCCAUUUCUUGUGCUGGAUUGUUUGGUGCCAAUUUGACUUUCCACGUGUUCUCAAAGGAGUUGUUCAAAUCAAUAUAUCAGGCCUGGGACCAUGGAAAGCCAUUGAGGCUUUCGGAAGAUUUGCAGAACCUGUUCUAUAACAUCCUCUGUGAUGUCAAAGUGAAGUCAGCAGAUCGUUACGAUGCCAUUAAGACUUGCACACUGCACACCGUAAGCGCUGGUCUACCAUGGAGAGCCAAAGGUUGUGUGGUGGGCAUCCCAUAUCAUUUCAGUAAUAGAGCCAGUGGCGAACAGCAGAUUGCCAAGAUAGACGUUCAUCUUAGAGGCAAGAAAGUGAACUGGACAAGCCCAGAGGGACUGGCUUUGAAGGAUGCCUUAACACUUUCUCCAGAGGCUCAGAAGUUUGCCAUUGCAAGAGAGAUCAUUGACUUGCAACAAAAUAGGCCUUUAAUAUGUGCAACUGUUGCCCCCAUUUGUCUGGCUGGGUCCUAUAUUUCUGGAGUAACUGUAAAGCAGGUCUUGGGUUUAUAUUAUGCUCCAGUAGUACUCCGAAGCAUUUAUAACAUGGCAGUUGUGGCACUCGGGUUGAUGGGCUAUUGUCUAUUAUAUGAUACUGUAAGCCAGGCAUUCGAUUAUAGGGCAGACAGAAAGGCAGCCUCCAUUUCUCCCAGCUUUGCUAGAGGUGGGGUAGAAUUCUAUAAUAAAGUUCUGUCACAGAAUAAGGUUUUUAGGACUAUCUUGGGUAAAAAAGGAGAGGAAAUAUAUGGACCAAAUGGUAAUAUUCUCCCAAAGUUCAGAUUAAAGCAUCCAUCGUAUACUUCCAGAAGAAACUUCAUUAGUAAUAUCGUAAACACACCCCAGGCACAGGAAAAACAUGGUUAAAAUUUAAGAUAAUAAAUUAUGGGUAUUUUUUUUGAAGUUGGCAAUGUUAUCUGGUUCCAGCUUUUCCAUGGAUUAAAUUUUUAAAAAUGCAAACCUCACAUCAAAGGUUGUAAAUGUCUCUUUUAUCCAUAGUGUUGUCUACCAAGUCAUGAGGUUAAAAUAUGGUUUUUCCUUUCUCAACAUAUAUUUUGGAAACAAAAUAUUAUUUUAUCUUUACUUUGUAAAAUAUUUUGAACAGGAAAAUAAGAGAAUAUGAAUAAGUUAUGGUAACCACUUUAAUAUUAAAGGGUGAUAAUAUGUAAGCAGCUAUGUAAGUGCCAAAGUGUUAUCUAGUAGUAUUUGGGGGAAAGCAAAUUUCUAACCUCAGACUGAAAAAUGUUUAAUAUUGAUCACUAAGCAGAUUUCAGAAAGUUUUGUUUAUUUGUAUUCUACCUUUCUUCUAAAAGUUCAUGGUAACAGAUAUCUCAUUUUCUUCCACAAUCCUGUGAGGUAGGACACACUGAUAGGUAUUGAUUGAUAGUUAAUCAUAACUUUCAAUUCAUGCAGGCAUCCUGUCUUCUUUAAAUCUAAUGCAUCAUCAUCUCCAUGUCAUUUGUUUUCCUGAUCCUUCUCAUAUAAUUUCAGAGUCUUUGGAAAAUCCAUAGAAUAUAUCCCAUAUAAUAAAAUUCCCUUAGAAAAUCUACUAAGCAUGUGCCUGUCCCUUCCUUCCUUUUUUCCUUCAUUAGUUCCUGUUUAAAUUGUGUU